UCUAUAGGAGGUUUGGUACGUUGUCAGGAAGUAGAUGGAGUUCUUACCGGAAGUAGUUCAGGGACACUUUUGACAGUUUCUCUGGCCGCAGAAGCACGACACACUACCUUUCACGUUUUGGUUGCUGUUUCUUAUCUCUCGGAUAAAACUGCAUAAUAUUAUGUAAUAUAAGUUUGUAAGGUUUAAGUUUACUUCGUUGUUAGUCGCUCCGUUGGUUACCUCACAGCUUUGCUAAUUAGCCAUUAUGCUAAGACUAGUGUUUGUUCGGUCCUCGGUGUUGAACUUGCAGUGUAACUGAUUAGGAAAAGGCUUUAAAAACCACUGCAUUAGCGUGUAUUCAACAACAUGGCCACCUGAACAAGCAUGAAGCUUUGUAACAUAAACGUGUUCAGAAUAUCAUACUUUUAACAUUAUACUGGUUAGAUUUCUCCUACUACAGGCCUGUUUAUCCUGUCCUGAUUAUUCUUUUAUUCACUCAUCAGGAAUUUUUAUGUCUUUAGUAAAUUUUAAUGUGAAGUAUUGCACUGGAAUGAAGUUGCUCUAUAAAAUAGUAGUGUGUCGUAUAUGUUUUCAGAUACCAUGAAUUUUCUGAUGUGUGUGUGUGUGUGUGUGUGUGUGUGUGUGUGUAUUUUUUCUAUUUUGGUCGAUUAUUUAGAUCUGUUCUCUGAGAGAUUGUAAGCCCAGCAGUGUGUUUGUGUAAAGACAGGCUUCCAGCCAUGUCUGCUGUGGUCGAUCUGAAGACGAAGGAGGAGAAAGAUGCGGAACUGGACAGACGUAUUGAAGCUCUGCGGAAGAAAAACGAGGCUUUAAUGAAAAGACACCAGGAAAUAGAAGAGGACAAAAAGAAGGCUGAGCAGGAGGGCAUUGCCGUGACGACACACCGCAAACCUCGCACUCAUGAGCCUGAUUCAGAGCGGCGGAAGAUUGAAAAGGAGAACAUAACUGUGACAGUUCUGUCUAAACCCAGCGGGGUAAGACCAUCAGUGUCGAUGCAUCAGAGCAACCCAAGUGAUCAUUGUGAAAGUCGGGUGGUGAAUGAUAGGCAGUCAGCACCACACCGUGGUGAUCGUGAAACAGAAGAGGGGUUCGCUGGCUGGCCCCCACAUAGGACAGGAUCUGGGCGGCUGAGCAGAGGUGGGCAGCGUGGAGGUGGUCAUCGCACCGAGAGAAGAGAACCACGGGAAGAGGAAGUAGGAGGAGGAGGAGAGGGCCCUUCUCACAAUGAACGCUCCCGAGGACGACGGGGAGGAAGAGGAGGAAGAGGAAGCAUGGAGCAGGGUGGCUCUGGGACAGACAGAAAAUCAAAGGAGUGGGAAGAGAAGAGACGACAGAACAUUGAGAAGAUGAAUGAGGAGAUGGAGAAGAUUGCUGAGUAUGAGAGAGGUCAAAGGACUGAAGGUGAAAAGUAUCCCACCCGGAACUUUCUGGAUGAUCCACGGCGCAGUGGACCAAUUCCUGAGAUGGAUCGCAAAGAGGGGAGCCGCAGGCACGUCCGCAACUGGGGUGGACUGGAUUUUGAAAAUGUUAAGACUGGAACUGAGGGAGAGAAAGAGUGGAUGAAUCGGAGACCUGGAGGGAGAGGAUCAAUGGAUAUGACUUUGUCGAUGACGGGCAGAGAACGGGCUGAGUAUCUACGCUGGAAAAAGGAGCGUGCGCAGAUCGAUGAAGAGAGAUUGGCUCGUCAUCGUAACGCCACUGGUCAGUGGAGACGAGAGUGGGAUGCCCAGAAAACAGAUACAAUGUUCACAGAGGACCCAGCUGUGGGUGGAGAGGGCAUGCCAGAACCGAGCAGCAGGAGAGCAGAUAGAGGGCGUAAUGCCCGUACACAGCAACGCAGAGGGGCUUCAGACGAUAGCAGAAAAAAAAAGGCACCCACAUUUGGAGAUUUCUUAGGGCAGGGCAAACUUGGAGAGGCGGGCCGUGGAGGCAGAGGAAGAGGGAAAGGUCAAGGUCAUGGAAAGAGUUACAGUAUGCAUGAUAAUCGGUGGGAAACGGAGAAAGAGGAAGAAAAAGGGAAAAAGGAGGAACAGGAAAAAGAAAAGACAAAGGAAACGGAUGAGCCCAAAGCUCCAUUAGAAAAGAAGCAGAUUGCUGUUGUUAAAGAGAAAUCGGUUGCUGAAGAUGAAGAUGAUGAGUGGGUGGAUGCCAGUGAUGUAGAUGAAGAUGAGGCAGUGGAAGAGUCUGAGGAUAAAGAAGGUUCUGUGAAAGAUUGCAAACCCAAGGAGAAGAGCCAUAGCUCCCCUGCUCCAUCAAGUCCCAGUCCUAAGGAACAGAGGACACCCAGACCCAAAGUGCACAUCCCGUCUUCCCCUCAGGAGUGUCUCGCUACCCCAGAAGGCACAAAGCCUCUCAGCCCCUUUUCCCCUCCUGAGGGCCACCAGCCUGUAUCAGACUGGGGAGAGGAGAUGGAGAUGCUAUCCCCUAAAAGCAGCUUGGGUGAGAGUCCCUUGAGGCCCAACAGUAAUGAAAGCAGUCCAGCUCAGAACAAGAGCCGGGAGGAGGAGGAGGAGCAAAGUAAUGAUGCGACAGACCCACCCAAGCAGUCCGACAAACAGAAUGACACACUGCCUGUACCAGAGUCAAGUGCUCCUGCUGUCCAGGAAGAAUCAACAUCACUCCAUGCUGAUUCCCCCUCUAGCAGCAAUAAGCCCACAGAGCCUGCAGAUGAUUCAACCACACAGAAGGAAGAGAGUGCAGUCCCUGCUGUAGAGCUGGAUUUGAAGCAAUCUGGAAGUGAAGGUGCAACUCCAGUUGAGUCCACAGAUCAGACAUGCUCAGGCUAAAGAGUAACUGCAAUAAUAGCAGCACUAGUGAUCUUGCGAGAGAAGAAAAAAGGUAAGAAGUGAGAAGAACACCAGGCCUAAUAGAUAUCCACUGCCUGAACAUAUGGAGGAUGGCAGGCCCUAUGAUUACUUAUUCCCACCUCCAAACAGCUAAUUUGUAUGAUAUUUUGUUCUCUCGGUACAAAUGAUUCUAGUGCUACAUGUGUUGCAAAAUCUAGGACUGGAAUUUACGAGUCUCUGCAAACCAUUUAUGUGACACUGUAAAGAUAAUGCAGCACAUUAUAUGCAAGGAGGCAAAAAAAAAACACACCUUAAGAAUAGUAGCUGUUUUACAUGACAUUUGGUCAGAGUUCACACCUUAUCCUAGUCACAAGAUACAUUUGCUAUCAGAAAUAGUUUGGAGGCAAUGCUAUUUUUGCUUCAUGCUGCUUUAGUCCUCAAGGGUUAGUCAAUCAAAUGCAUGCUUUAGUUUGUGUAUGAUACCUAUGCAAACAAAAUGGAAAGGGGCAUUAGGAUUAUCAAAGUUAUUUGUAAAAAUCUGGAUUUUCUGUUGGGUUUUUUUUUGCUUGUUUUUGUGUUUUGUUUUGUUUUUUAUUCAUGGUUAAGAUUGUAAUUUGCCUGCAAAAUAAGGUGCUAGAUAUGCUCACAUUUAUCAUUUGUGACCUAAACUGUAUGUGUAUGUAUUAUGACCAAAGAUGUUUCUUAGAAGGGGUUUUGUAGAAGACUUUAGCUCUGUUAGGAAAAAUAAUGAACAUUUGAGGCAACAUAGAAAGUGUGCCUCAAUAGAACUAACCUUGGUUUUGGAUUUUUAGUUUUUAUCUUUGUUUUGUUUGUUUUUAUGCUCUCCAUUUUUGUCUAGGAAUUUUUCUUGUGAAAGCAGGCAGUUUGGCUCAUUGAGGCUGUUUUAGAAGCAUGGGUUUCUAUCUUUUAGCAAAUUUAGUGAAGUAUAUCGAUUGUAAUAUUAAGUUUUUUAAAAAUGGUGUACAUUCCAAUGCUUCGUGUGUCAUCUUUCACUGUUUGCAUUGAGAACCCUCAGCUUAAGAAGAAGAAGAAGAGAAAAAAAAAUGCAACAAAAAAAUCUUGAAAUUUGUGAUUGUAUUGUGUCUAUCUGCAAAUGGACUCUCCUUGUGUUUACUUUAUAAUUAGAUCUAGGUUUGCCUCUGUUGGUGUUUCAGCAAUGCACAUGUGGUUGUAUGAUUUUAAGUGUUUGUAAGAUUCAUCCCAGAGUGAAACACUAUUAUAUCUCAAUCAUUUAUUUUUAAUGAAGAUUAUGAAUUAAUGCUUUUGCCUUUUCAUUUUUCAUGGAAAUAAUGCAUUGUGUUAUUUACGUUGUAGUUUCUUUUUAAAUAAAUGUAUAUCUUUGCUUUAAAUCUCCUUCUCUACAUAUAUGGGUUUUGGUUGUUUUUUUUUUGAACCGCUGUCCCUGCUUUGUAAAUUAAUAUGCUCCCAGAGAAGCAUAUUUAAACAUGGUUUUUGUUGACAUAAACUCCAGCUGCAAUCAGAAUUAAAGGAAAAAUCCAUCCUAAACAACUAGUAUAUCAAUCUUCAUAAUUAAUGUGGUAGUCAAUCGUAUCCAAGAUUUAUUUUGAUCUGUGUUGUUUUGUUUAGUUUAAAUUUCUUUCAUUGACAUGUUGGUCUGUUUACACUUUGUUUAAAGAUUUCCUACAUUACCCACAAUGCCAUUUGACUACCUGCUGAUAGUAGUGCCAGUGGGAAUUUAUCUACCUAAAGAGACCCAUGAAGCCGCACUUUAGUCAGUCCAGUUCUCUCACCUCUCCAUCUGUACACUCAGCACAAACAGAUUAGAGUCCAAAGCUACACCCUUCCUGCUAAUUCCACUAUAAACAGGAACUCACUUGCCAUCUCAUAGAUAACUAAUUAGCUAAGCAAAGUGAUUCUGACAUAAUUCAGUGUAAUAGCAUCUUAUGGAUUUGGAAAUACAGCUUUUGUCUUUGGAAAAUUUUGCUCAACUGCUUCUAUGGAGAUUUCUCUUUAAUAUGACAUUGAAUGUAACUGGAAAAUGGUAAGUGCGGGGCGACUCUUGCUAUGUUGUUUUUAGGAGUUAACAUUUAACCAUGACAGUUAUCCCUUAUGGUUGAAAGAUGUUCUGAGCUAGAAAUGUCACCUUGUGACAUCAACUCCUCAGAGGAAUAAUGAAAACACAGCAUCAACUAACAAAUUAGCACACGAAUUGCUCAACACAGCACAAAUAUUUCACCACCUCACUGAUGAAAGUGUUUCAAGGCUGAGUUUUCCUUUAAAACCCAUCAAUCAUUACUGAUCCCUAAAACCGGAGUUGGAACCACAGGCCCCGCCCCAAACCCCGCCCACA